AUGGAAAUUGAUAUGUAGGAUGGCUUAGUGAGGGUUAAUUAUUCAGAUAAAUUAGUUUAAUUGAUAAAGGAAGUGAGAUAGUUAUGUGAACUUGGCUAUAGAAAGAGUAUAUCAAAUGAAAUACAUACAAUUGUGGAAACAGGCAAAAAGUUUUAUAAAGAAGCUUUAACAUUGAAAUCUAUUGCUAGCUUCUAUAAUUAAAUGUCUGAUUAAAUUAUUGAAUGUCAAAAGGCAAUGCUAAUUAAUUAAGCAGUAAGAUUUGAAGAUACUGUGAAGAAUUCCAAAAAAAAAAAUAGUAUCACAUGGGAAAAUACUCAAGAAUUGGAAAAUUAUGUUUAGAAGGUUUAAGAAUCUGCAAAUGAAAUAAUGCAAGAAAAUAAAAGAUUAAGAAAAAAUCAUUAAUAAAUAAUUGAUAAUAUUUGUUUAUUGUUUUAGAUUGAAUUAAAAUAAAAGAAUCUGUGGAAGGAGAAGGUAGAUUAAAUAAAGAAAGUAAUAGAGUAGACAUGUAAUAGCAUUGAUGGUAAAUUCACAGUUGGAUGGAGAACUCAUAUUGAUUUUCAAUUAUAUAAGGCUUUAGAAUUUCAAUAUAAAAAAGGAUUUUAAGAAAUGGAUCAUGCUAUUAAUGAGAUCUAAGCAGAUCUUGUUAUUAAGAAUGGUUAGGUUAUAUAUAAGCCAUCUAUUGAGGAAUUAAGAGAGAAAUAUUACAAUGAACUGAAAAAAUACAUAUAAUAUCCUUCAUAAUUUAUUGGAGUUGGUGGGAAUAAUGAUAUUUACAUGUAGAUGCCAGAGAGGAAUGCUGUGUUUGUUAUAUAAGUUUAUGAGAAAAGUGAACAUAUUUUUGAAAAAUUAAUUGGUUUAAGUAGUCAAUAUAUGUGUUGGUCAGUAGUUGCACUAUUGGAUGCUGAAUAAUUAUAAUUAUAAUUGGGUAAUAUGGAAUAAUGGGAGAAAUUUAUGAAAGAAGUUAGACAAAGAAGAAAAGAGUUUGAGUGCUUUAACAUUUAAUUAUAAGUUUUUUUUAAGCAAUUAAAUUAAUUAUUGUUUAAAUUGAAUUUGAAAAAUUUAAAUUUAAGAAUUAAUUAUUAAUUUAAAUUUGAACAAUUUUUAAGUUAGACUCAAUAGAAAUUAUCAUAAAAACCAUAAAAUAUUAAUUAGAUGAAUUAAGCAUUAAAGAAAUUUUUUUAAAUAAAAGCAUAGAAAUUUGAAAUGACUUAGAAAAUGCAAGAUUGCCAAUAAAAACAAAAAUUUAUCAAUUCUUUGAGUUCUUAAUCUCAAGCCUUGAACCCCAUAUUAAUAUAAUUGUAAUAAAUAAACAAGAAUUGGGAGAAUUUUGAGCUUCUGAUAGGAGAUUUCGAUUCAAUAUUAGCUGAAUAGACUAAAUAGUUAAAAAAGGAUAUGUAAGCAAGGGCUAAGGAAGUAGACAGUGAGAUCGAGAAGUUUUAUUCAAGAUAUUCUGCUGUAAAACCAAAAUAAUUGAGUGAAUUGGAUAGAUCAUCGGCAAAUGAAUUAGCUGAGAAUAUGUAGCAAUGGAGAUAAUAAUGGAAAUAAUUAGAUGAAAAGAUUUAGACUCUUAUAAAGGAUCAUCACCACUUUGAAAUGGAAGUCCCAACAUUUAAUUAAUAUGAUAAGGUUAAGGUUGAAAUGACAGACUCAGAAGUAGUGUGGUGUUAUUAUGAUAAAUUCUAAUAGAAUAUUAAUAAUCUAGGCAAAGAGGAUUGGUUGAGUUUCAGAACUAAAUUAUAUAUGUUUUAAGAGUUAUUGUUACAAGAAUAAGAAUAAAUAAAGGCAGAAUUAGCCAAAGGAACAUUCACUAAAAAAGAAGCAAUAAUAAAUUACAUCUUUUCUUAGAUUGAGUUAUAUCUUAAAAUAAAUCCAUUAUUAAAACUAAUUGUUGGAGAUGCAUUCGAACCAGAACAUUGGACUAGUUUGUUUAUGAUUCUUAAGUUAAAAGAAAUGAAAAAGGAAAAGUUGCUAUUCAAGGACUUACUUUAUUGUGAUAAAUUAAUAUUGGACAAACAAAAUGAUAUUAGAGAAUUGUAAGCUAGAGCAUAAGGAGAAAUCACUUUGAGAGAAGCUAUCUUUGAAUUGAAAACAUGGUGUGAUACUUCAGAAUUCGAUUUAACUGAUUACACUAAUAAUAACAGAGUUACUCCUUUAAUUAAAGAAUGGAAAGAAUUAAUGACGAAGGUUAGUGAUAAUCAAUCCUUAUUGGCAUCUUUAAAGGAAUCAAAAUUCAUUGGAAGAUUUAAAGAUUAAGUGGAUUAAUUCGAAUUGAAAUUGGGAGGAAUUGAUGAAUAUUUAUCCAAAUUAUAAAUUAUUCAAAGAAAAUGGGUUUAUCUAGAACCUAUUUUUGUCAGAGGAGCACUACCUUAAGAAUAAGCAAGAUUUAGGAGAUUGGAUGAGGAUUUCAGAAAUAUCAUGUUGGGAAUAUAAAGAGAUUAAAAGGUAGUUUCUUUAUGUAGUAUUCCAGGAAUCAAGGAUACAUUGGAUACAGUGUUGGAUCAAUUAGAAAGAUGUUAAAAGGCUUUGAAUGAUUACUUAGAAGAGAAGAGAGGUAAAUUUCCAAGGUUUUAUUUUUUGGGAGAUGAUGACCUAUUGGAAAUAUUGGGUCAAUCUUAAAAUCCUCAAGUCAUAUAGAUGCAUCUAAAAAAAUUAUUUGCUGGUAUAAACUCUGUCGAAUUCAGCAAGGAUAAUACCUAGAUUUAUUCUAUGUUAUCAUCCUAAAAGGAAUAAGUUCAAUUUAAUAAUUCUAUUUAAGUAAAUGAUAUAGUAGAAAGUUGGUUAUCAGUAUUGUCUUCAAAUAUGAAAGAGACCUUAAGUUAAUUAUUGAAAUAAUGCUUAAAAGAGUAGAACAUGGAUUUCAAUAAAUUCCCAUCUUAGAUUCUUUGCUUGUCAGAAGAAAUUAAGUUCACUGAAUAAGCAGUUUCAGCAUUGAAUUCGAAUAAAUUACCGUAGUUCAAAUAAACAUAGUUAAAAUUAUUAGAUUAAUAUACUCAAUUGAAUGCACAAUCAUCAAAUAAUUAUCUAUUACAAUUAAAAUUAAAAUCAUUAAUUUUAGAUCUUAUUCAUCAUCUGGAUAUAAUAAAUUAACUAAUUGACAACAAAGUUUCAGUAUUAUCAGAUUGGUAUUGGUAUAAAUAAUUAAAAUAUGAAUAUUAAAAAGAUGCACAAAUAAUAAUGUGCAAAGCAAGAUUUGAUUAUACCUAUGAAUAUCAAGGGAAUGGGUAAAAGUUAGUGCAUACACCCUUGACAGACAAAUGCUAUUUAACAUUGACUUAAGGAAUGUCCAUGGGUUAUGGAGGCAAUCCAUAUGGUCCUGCAGGUACAGGUAAGACCGAAUCAGUAAAGGCACUUGGGUAGUUAUUUGGAAGAUAGGUGUUGGUAUUUAAUUGCGAUGAAGGUAUCGACUUUAAGAGUAUGGGACGUAUCUUCAUGGGAUUGGUUAAAUGUGGAGCAUGGGGUUGUUUUGAUGAAUUCAAUAGAUUGUUGGAAGAAUAAUUAUCAGCUAUAUCAUAAUAAAUUCAAAUUAUUUAAAAUGCUAUUAAGGAGAAUUCAUAAUCUAUGACUUUGAUGGGAUAAACCUGUAUGGUUAAUAAAGAUUCAGGCAUAUUUGUUACAUUGAAUCCAGCUGGUAAGAAUUAUGGAGGAAGAUCUAAAUUACCUGAUAAUUUAAAAUAAUUGUUUAGACCUGUGGCUAUGUCAAUACCAGAUAAUGAAUUGAUUGCUGAAGUCUUAUUGUAUUCAGAAGGAUUCAAGAAUGCCAAGAUUUUGGCAGAGAAAAUUAUCACAAUAUUCACAUUAUCGAAAUAAUUGUUAAGUCCAUAGUAACAUUAUGAUUGGGGAUUGAGAGCACUUAAAACAAUAUUGACAGUGGCUGGAUAAAUUAUAUAGGAAGAAAGAAAAUAGGGAGUAGAAAUUAAUGAAACAAUCGAAUCAGAGUUGCUGAUUAAAUCUAUUAGAAUUAAUACAAUGUCAAAGUUGACAUAUCAUGAUACAAAGAAGUUUGUUUAAUUGGUCCAGGAUGUCUUCCCUAACAUAAAUAGUUAGGAUAUUAUAUAUGAGAAAUUGACAAAUGCAAUAAAGGAAGUGUUAUAAAGCAUGAAAUUGAGUGAGAUAGAUAAUUAAAUUGCAAAGAUUCUAUAGUUUUAUGAAGCAACUAAAUAGAGAAUGGGCGUAGUAUUGGUAGGUCCAUCUGGUUGUGUGUUAAAGAAGGCACAUGAGAAAUUAGGGUAAUAAGUCAAAACUCAUGUGAUGAAUCCUAAAUCUAUGCCUAGAAGUUAACUAUUAGGAAAUAUGAAUAAUGACACAAGAGAAUUUAGUGAGGGAGUAUUAACAGCAUCAGCUAGAUUGGUAGUUAAAGAAUCAGUGGAUGUCUUAAAUUGGAUUAUAUGCGAUGGAGAUAUUGAUCCUGAAUGGAUUGAAUCAUUAAAUUCAGUCUUGGAUGAUAAUCAUUUGUUAACAUUACCUACUGGUGAACGUAUCUCAUUCCAAAAUAAUGUUAAUUUUAUCUUUGAAACUUCUGAUUUAUAAUAUGCAUCACCUGCUACUGUUAGUAGAAUGGGAAUGAUAUUUUUGAAUAAUGAAGAUAUCAGUAUGUAAUCUUUAGUGACUAGAUGGAUUAAUAAAUUAGAAUGUGAAGAAGAAAAGAAGAGUAUGCUAUUAAAUCAAAUUGAAUCAACUUUAUACAAUUUACUAGAGGAAAUAUUCUCUUAUGAAGAAUCAUAGAUUGUACCUACUACCAGAGUUGGUUUAAUUAUGAAUAUUCUAUCCUAAUUACAGAGAAUACCUACUAAUAAAUAGCAAUUCAAUUAUUUCUUAUUGUAAGGCUUGUCUUCCAAUUUCCAACCAGAAAUCAGGUUGAAAUUCUAAACAUUAAUUAAUUCUAAUCUUGAAUUAAAUGAAAAUGGAGACAAAUAUCAAUAUAUUAAUCAAAAUAUCGACGAAUCCUAAUUCUCUGAUGUUAAUGAUCCUCCUGUCAUCAAAACAGUUGGCCAUUAAAAAGAUCUCUAAAUGUUAUAAUCCUGGAUUCUCAAUAAUGAUCCCUUCAUUAUUGUUGGAGAAGAAGGUUGUGGCAAGAAUUUAUUAAUCCAAAGUGCAUUCAAAGAACUUAAAAAGACUAUCAAAAUUCAAAUAGCAACAAUCAAUUGUAAUGCUUAAACUAGUGCAUCUUAAAUCAUUCAGAAAUUAAAUCAAAUCUGUGCCAAAGGUACUUCAGCCUUGGGCAGAGUAUAUAAGCCUAAAGAUUGUAGUCGUUUGAUUCUUUAUUUAAAGGAUAUUAACCUUCCUAAGCCUGAUAAAUAUUAAACUAUUCAACUCAUUGCAUUUUUGUAAUAAUUAAUUACACACAGAGGGUUUUAUGAUGAAAAUUUAGAGUUUGUCUAUUUGGAUGACAAGAUCUAAAUUGUUUCUUCAAUGAAUCCUCCUUCUACUAUUGGAAGACAUUAAUUGUCAACGAGAUUCACAGCUAAUGUUAGAAUCUAUUAUAUUGAAUAACCAUCUAAUGAUGAAUUAUAACAGAUAUAUCAAGAAUAUCUUAAAAUUCUCAUUUUUAAAGAUAACAAUUAAAGUAAAAAAGGUGCUUAAUUAUUAAUUGAAUGUUAUACUUAAAUCAAAUCCAAAUUCACCGUUGAUGAACAAAGACAUUAUCUCUUUACUCCAAGAACUAUCACAUAAAUAAUUUUUGCACUAAAAAGAUACAAUGAUAUAUAAUCAGUAUUCCCAGAAGCUCUACUCAAUGAAUUCAAUAAAAUAUUUAGAGAUAAAUUGAUCUCUCAAGAUCAGUAAUUUAAAUUUGAUUAAUUGAUUUUACCAAUUUUCAAAAAAUACUAUAAGGACAUCCAAUCAUAAUAAUACUUUGCCACUGUUUAGAACCUCCAAACUCUGUCGAAGAUUGAAAAAAAGGAUUUUAUUCAACUGGUUUCUCAAGCUGUUCAAAUUUAUUCCAGAGAAAAUAGAGAAUUAAAUGUUGUGAUGAUUGAGGAAGUACUCUCUCUUUUAACAUCCUUAAACAGAGCUUUGUCUUCUCAAAGUCAAACAACACUCCUAUUAGCUGGCAGAAAUGGUAUUGGAAGAAAGAUGGGUUUGUAGAUAAUGUCUACUAUGCUUAAUUUAGAAGUACUCUAACCGUAUACAUGUAGAGAUUAUGGAAUCAGAGAGUUUAAGAGAGAUCUUAAAUCAUAUAUGGAAACUGCCUAAUCUAAGAAUUGUUUAUUGAUUUUAGAAGAUCAUGUGUUAUUAUAAUAAGGAAUCUUAGAAACUGUUAAUUCCUUAAUCUCAAGUGGAGAAAUUCCAGGGUUAUUUGGAUAUGAUGAAAUCGAUAGAUUAAUCUAAAAUCCAGAAGAAGUGAAGAGGGAAUUUUAUGGUAAAACCCUUUAUGAGGCAUUUCAUGAAAGAGUAAAGAGAAAUAUGAAGAUUGCUUUGGUGAUGGACAACUCUAAUCACGAAUUCUAAACUAAUUGUGCUUAAAAUCCAGCUUUGUUUACAAAUACUACAAUUAUAUGGUAGACUUAAUUAUCAAAAGAGAGUUUGUUACAAUUCAUGAAAAAAUAGUUAGAGUCUUCCAAUAAUAAUAAUUCUGUCAAUGAAUAAUUAAUUAGUUAUGCAGUUGAAAUACAUAGAAAUUCAAAAGCCGAUCCAAGAAGCUUUUAAUCUUUGACUUAGACUUAUAGUUUAAUAAUGGAUACGAAGAUGUAAUCAAAAGGAUCACAAGCAGAUCAUUUAUAAAAAGGUCUUGAGAAAUUAUAGGAAGCAAAUAACUUAGUAAAUAAGUUGACUUAGGAAGCCUAAGAAAAGAAAGUCUUAUUGUCUAAAAAGUAAUUGGAAGCAGAUGAUGCUUUAUAAAAGAUAUCAAAAGCAAUGUAGGAUGCAGCUGAACGUAGAUAAGAAACUGAAUAAUUACAAAGAUAUCUUUAAGAGGAAGAGGGCAAGAUAAAAGUGUCUAAGGAUAAGGUUGAAGAUGAAUUGAGAGAUGUUAACCCAUUAGUAUAAGAGGCACAGAAUGCAGUCAAAGGAAUAUCAAAGUCACAUUUGGAUGAAUUAAAAUCGUUGGCUUAACCUCCACCUGCAAUCUAUGAUGUGCUAGGAGCUGUUAUGAAAGUUUUUAAGUAAACAGAAAUAAAUUGGAAAGCUAUUAAGAAGUUUUUGGGUAAUAAACAAGUAAUUGAUUAAAUCAUUGACUUUGAUCCUCAUAUGAUUACUGCUGAUAUCAGAAAAGAUGUUGAGGAGGAAAUUGCCAAACAUUCCAAUUCUUUUGAAAAAUAAAAUAUUUAUAGAGCUUCAUUGGCAGCAGGACCAUUGGCUGAUUGGGUAAAAGCAAUAUUAAAAUAUGCUACAGUUUUAGAGAAGAUUUCACCUUUAGAGAAAGAAUUAUCAAUGAUUAGUAAGAAAUUGGAUUCGUCUAGAAAUAGAUUGAAAUAAUGUUAAGAUGCAUUAAAUUAACUUGAUUAAAAAGUCCAAGAAUUAAAAAACAAUUUUGCAUCUAAAACAAGUGAGGCAGAAUUACUUAAGAGAGAUUUAGAAAAAGCAGAACAAACUGUGAGUUUGGCAUCAAAUUUAUUAGAUAAAUUAUCAGGAGAAAAGGUGAGAUGGUAAUAAUAACAUGAUUUAAUUGCAUAAGAAUUAAAACAAUUUCCAUUAGAUUCGUUAUUAUCUGCAUCAUACAUUACAUAUUUAUCCUCUUAAGAUGAAAAUGUUAGAUAUAAGACAUUAUAAGAAUGGGUUCAUUUGACAAAAUUAUAGCAAUAUGAUUUCUUAAAAUUUAUGUCAAAUGAGAGUCAAAUAUUGAAAUGGAAAACACUUGGUUUACCAGGAGAUUAAUUGAGUAUUGAAAAUUCAGUUAUGGUAUUCUCAUCUUCAAAGGUGUCAUUAUUAAUUGAUCCUAAUACAUAAGCCACUGAAUGGUUGAAGAAAACAUUGUCAUAGGCUGAAAUAUUGAAUUAAACAGAUCCUAAAUUCAAUAAUCAAUUGGAGUUAGCAGUUAGAUUUGGUAAAACUAUAGUGAUCUAAGAAAUUGAUUAAAUUGAAGGAUUAUUGAUCCCAUUAUUAAGAAAAGAUUUAUUGCAUUAAGGUCCUAGAUGGAUAGUUAUGAUAGGAGAGAAAUCUGUUGAUUUUAAUGAAAGUUUUGUAAUGUAUUUGACAACAAGGAAUUCAUCAAUUCAUUUGCCUCCUCAUACUGUAUCUCUGGUAUAAGUUAUUAAUUAUACUGUCACUAGAAGUGGUUUGGAAGGUAAAUUACUUAGUAUUAUCAUUAAUAUUGAAUAACCAGAUUUAGAAUAGAAGAAAUAAUAACUAUUGGAAAAUGAAGAAAAAUUAAAGAUGUAAUUGGCUGAUUUAGAGAAAACUCUUUUAGAUGAGUUGGCAAAUUCAUAGGGAAAUAUCUUAGAGAAUAGAGUGUUGAUUGAUAGCUUAAAUUAAACAAAGUCAAAAUCAUAAGUUAUUGCUUAGAGUUUACAAGAGUCUUCAAAAUUACAGGAAGAUUUAGACACAUAAAGAGAUGUGUACAGACCAUUAUCUUAGAAAGGUGCUCAAAUCUUCAUUCUUAUUCAAAGUCUAUAGAACUUAAAUAAUAUGUAUAAAUAUUCAUUGGCUUACUUUAUUCAAAUAUUUUAAAAGACUCUAGAUAUCAAAGAGAAUUUUGAUUCAAAACAAAAGAAAUUAGAGUUUGCUGGAUAGAGUUUAUUGAAAAAUAUCUUCAAUCAAAUAGCUGGUUCAUUGUUCAAAUAAGAUAGAUUAAUCUUUGCUUUACAUUUGGUAAAAGGGUGCAAACCAGAACUAAUUGAGGAAGAGGAAUGGUAAUUUAUGAUUGGUAAUUAAAUACCUAAUGACAGUGCUCAUCUUCCAAAAUGGGCGUCUUAAGAUAGAAAGGAAAUAUUUGGAUAGUUAUAGAAUCUUAAAUUAAAUAUCAAUUUUAAUUCUAGUGAAUGGGAAUAAUGGAAUAAUAAUUAAGAAUGCGAGAAAAAUUUCCCAUAAUCUGCUAAAUUAAAACCAUUUUAAAAAGUGCUUAUUGUUUAAACAUUCAGACCUGAAAGGGUUUAAAGUGCAUUGAAUGAAUUUGUUUGUCCUAAUUUAAGUAUCCCAAGUGUUAGUGGCUAGACAUUUAAUUUUUAGACUGUUGCUUAAGAAGAAUUAACUGCUUAAAUUCCAUGUCUAUUUGUGGUCUCAGCUGGUAGUGAUCCUUCAAAAGAACUUGAAGAAUUUGCUGAAUAAUAAAUUGGUAAAUAAAACUUUCAAGAAAUGUCUAUGGGGGGUAAUUAAAAUGAAUUAGCAUUAAAAUUGAUAAAAGAAGCAGCACAAAAAGGUUAGUGGGUAUGUUUAAAGAAUUUGCAUUUAGUUAUUAGUUUCCUUCCUUUAUUAGAAAAAACCAUAAAAUAAUUAAAGCCACAUCCAAAUUUCAAAUUGUGGCUUACAACUGAAGCUCAUCUGAAAUUCCCAUCUAUACUUCUUGAAACUUGCUAUAAGGUAUCAUAUGAAGCACCUCCAGGAUUAAAGAAGAACCUAUAGAGAAUAAUAACAAGUUGGCCCACACAUAAUAAAUAAUCUGUUUAUUAAACACAAUUAUUGUUCAUCCUAACUUGGUUCCAUGCUUUAGUUUAAGAAAGAAGAACCUAUAUUCCAUAAGGUUGGAGUAAGUUCUAUGAAUUUUCAUAUGCCGACUAUAAAGCAGGUGUCUAAAUAAUUGAGAAUCUAUUAUAAGAGUCCUAAACAAUCUCUUGGUAAACCUUAUAUGGAUUAUACGAAAAUGCUAUUUAUGGUGGAAGAGUAGAUAAUGAAUAAGAUAUCAAGGUGUUAAGAGCUUAUUUAGAAACCUAUUUCAACUAGAAUAAAUUAUAAAAUGGAACUCUUAGCACUGGACAAUAAAUACCAUAAACCAAUUAAGUUAAAGAUCUUAUUAAUUUAAUUAAUAAAUUACCUGAAAAUGAUGUUCCUGAAUUUUUUGGAUUGCCUAAUAAUAUUGAUAAAGCUGUUUAAAGAUAUACAAUAUAAAGAGUUGUCAGUGGAUUGAAAUCUAUGAAUAAUAUAGUCGGAUCAGAAAUCAAGUUUGAUAAAGAAUUGUGGUCGAAUUUAUUAAGUCCUCUCAUCAAUAUGUGGGAUCAAUUAAAAAUAAGGGAUACUAUCUAAGUUACUAACUAAUAAUUAGGGUCAUUGGAUCCAAUUGAAUCAUUCAUUUAUUUAGAAGCAUAAUAGACUUGGAAUCUGUAUUAGAUUAUCAACCAUUCCUUUGAGAAAUUAAAGAAUGUCUUAUACAAUAAUGGCUUAUUGACUAGUGACAUUAUUGAUAUUGGAUUGCUAUUUAUCAAAGAUAUCGUACCUCAGAAAUGGAGUAACUUCUGGGAAGGUCCUGAUGAUAUCAAUUUAUGGUUGAAAAUAUUUAUUAAGAAACUCAAUGCAAUUAAAUCAUGGAUUGACAAGAUACAAAGAAAAUAAUAAUUAGAUGAAGUUGAUCUAAGCGAGUUAUUCCAUCCUGAAAUAUAUAUGAAUGCACUAAGGUAAAAAACUGCCAGAAAAUUAAAUAUUCCAUUAAAUGAAUUGAAAUUAUAAGCAGAUUUUGACAAUCUUAAACACCCUCUUGUAGUUAAAUUAAAGAAUCUAUUAUUAUAAGGUUGCGGAUUCUCCAAUGGUUAAUUAGUUGAUGAUAUGAAGAUAACAUCUGAAUUCAUCGAAUUACCUCCUUUGAAUAUCUCUUAUGUGGAGAAAUCAUAACCAGAGAAGAAUGGAAUUGGGGAUUUCCCGAUUUACUUAAAUGCCAGCAGAGAGAAAUUACUAUGCAGAAUUAAAUUACUUCAAUCUGGUCAAAUAAACGAUAAAAUCAUAGCUGGUGUUGCAUUAUUUUUGAGUUAAAAUGAUUGA